AUGAGCUUCGCUCGACGCGACCUCUUGCAACGCCACUACACCGUACACGGCCGCAACCAGAACAACGAAGAGGGCGUGCAAAUCCAAGGCAUGAUACCGAAGUCGGCUGGCCGAACACCCAUCGCAUGCAGCAACUGCGCAAAGACAAAGACAAAGUGUGACAAGAAGUUCCCAUGCACUCGAUGCGCGCAAAGGAAUCUGACAUGCACACUGCGUCCCACUCGCCGCGCGUCCAAGGGCAUGCAAAGAGCUGCCAGUCCAACCGCAGGUGGUCCUGGAAGCGAGCAUUCGAGUCAAUCGGGUCCUUCGGCUGCAAAUUCACCAGCCCAUGACGCUCAACCUCAUCAAGCGACGCAACUUCCUCCGCAUGUCCCAGGUGGUCCAGACAGAUCUCAGUCGUCUUCCGUUACACACUCGAGAAAUCAAUCCGUAUCGCAGCCAGUGCAGCCAAUCUCGAACCCGAACCCCGAAGAGAGACCUCUUCAGAUACCGCUCCCGAACACUCCGACAUUCUUCGAGCAACCUGUGCCUCACCACUCAGCACAAGUAUCGGCCAAUGGUAUGAACGGAUUCGUUGCUUCGACACCUAUGUCUGGCUACGACGAUUUUGUUCAAACUGUACAAGAUCACCCCGAGAACGAACCCAAUCCACAAUUCAUGAUGGAUCCUUGGACCACGAUGGCGAUGGGCAACGAGUUUGACCCGAUGCGAAUCGACCCUCAGCUGAUGAUGUCCAUGAACAUGGAUAUGAGCAUAGGACCACCAUCAGACGCAAUUCUUGGCAUGAUGCCUGAAAUGUCCCCAACGCAACCUUUUGGGCCUGUGCAGACACCACUUCAGACCCCACAGAUGGACGAGUCUUUCUCCGACCUGCAGAUAGGAAGCUCCGCAGCCAUGUUCUACCCAUCCAACAGGCAUUCAUCGAUUGCUGAUGCCGGCAUCCCUGACCUUGGUGCUAUUGUUGCAGCCCAAGAUGGCUGGACAGUCUUCCGCUGUACGCCAUCAAUACCCUCCAGCUCUUGUCCGCGCACUGCAAAGCUCAACUUGGAGCGCCUAGAGUUGAGCCUCCGGAAUCAUGAGGGCUGGAGCAACUGGACUCCAUCAUGGGACGAGUCAGACUUCCAGCAGGGCGGCCAAGUAGCAGUAUCGAAGCUUGGCGAAGCUGCACGAGAUAAGCUUCUUGCGAUCACCCAGAGCUUCCUGCACAAGGCACUGGACAUCCACAAAGAUGGCAGUAGCUCUGCUAGUAGUGGAGAAUCGCCAGGAUCAAUCGCUUCCGGCACGAAUUUUAUCCUUCUGCCGCCCGGUCGUGUUCUGGAGUUCUUCCUGCAGUCAUAUGCAAACUCUUUCGAACGCUACUACCCAACUUCAGCACGUGGUGUGCUGGAUGCAAACGAGCUCAUGAAAAACUAUAACGACAAAGCAUCGAGUUUGUUGAUUCUGAUGAUGAUAGCUCAGGGUGCCAUGAACAUUCCAUCUGUCGAAGCGCGCUGGUUGACUGGUGGCCUCACCGAAGCUUGUCGCAUCUCGCUUUUCGACCUCAUCGAGAAGAACAUCAUCAUGGCUAGUGAUCCCAUCGUACUGCGGGCAGCUCUCCUGUUUACUGUGCAGGCGGGAUGGAGCGGCGACAAGUGGCAAAUGGACAUAGCCAUGGGCCAGCGGGGAAUCCUCAUCUACUCUUGGGUCAUGGUCGACCAAGACUUGUCUUUGUUCCACGAUACUAAUCCCCUUUUCUCGGUAACGGAGUUUGGUGCUCCUAUGCCAGAUGCGGAUAUACUCUGGCAGGCGCGGACAGCGGCCGAGUGGUCAGAAACGUUCAACCAGGUCCAUGCGUUCUCGAACGGUCACUCCUCGACCUUGGUGUGCCAGUACUGCCAGCUGCUCAGCUGUUUCUCUGACAGUGUGGCUUCAAGGUCGCGUAACAGGGCGCUGACUGCGGCAUCGACUCGGGUGCGACUCGAAGAGGUGCAGGCGCUGCUCGGACGGUGGUUCGACUUAGCGAGGCGGUACAUGAAGUGCAACCCGAUAUGCCCCAUGAUGCAGGCGAAUCUUGUUAUGUUCCACCUCAUCAGCAUGAACGCUGUGACAAACUUCCCGGAGAUUGAACGACUUGCGCGACGAGAAGGCUUCGACAGCAACUUCCAGCAGAUAAUGUGGAUGCACAACAAGUGCCUCUCCGACGUUCAGGAGGCCAUCGUGCACGCUGGACAAAUCCUCCGCUUGGUCCGAGAAAUGCCUCGAGGCAUUCGUCCGCCAUGGUGGGCUGGCGCUGUAUAUCGCGCUGCACUCGUUAUGUGGACCGACUCGCUGGUGCGUAAUGAGUCUACAAGUCCACGUCAACAAGGACAUUUUCAACCACCCAACGCUACCCUUGCGAUAGACCAGCUGACCUCGGACCACCCGAUGAUCCUCCGAUACGUGUCCCGCAAAGAGGGUAUCCCAACCCUGACCAAGCGCGAUGGAACGAUAGUGACGAUAGACAACAGCUUUGCAGUACUGUCUCACUGCGUCGAUGUCCUUGACGAGGGUGUCGCGACCCGAUUCUCGGAUGGUAUCCGUAAUAAGCUCGAGAGGUUAGCACGCGGCUGA